UUCUGUCCGGGACCUUUUCAUGGUUGUUACUGGGGCUACUGGGAUUGAGAUGACUACUGGGAGUUCUGGGAGUACUGGGACUAGUGGUUUUGUGAAAGCAGAGAGUUGCUGGUUCUCCCUGCAGACCUCCAGAAGCUGGUUUGUUGACAGCUGUGCUUCAUGAAUGAAUGCAGCUGUUGAAGUUUGCAGAUACUUCAGUACACAAAGUACUACCUUAAUUACAGCUUUCAGAAUGGUGGUGACCGAUGACGCCCGUCUGAAAGUGGGUGAGUGAGACGGGUGCGACGCGGAACAAAGGCUGGAAUCAAACCGGUGACGUUAGGAACAGAGACAAAAGAGAGGUUUUGUUCUGAUCCUCAGUCUCUGUGAGCUAAAAGUGGAAUCAUGGGGGCCAAAGACCUCGACGUGACCUCUGACCCCAAGGGGUCGCGACCUCCUGCCCGGCGCCGGAGUCUUUUCAACAACAUCAAGUUCUUUGUGUUCUGUCACAGCCUCCUGCAGCUCUCUCAGCUCCUGGUGUCGGGUUACAUGAAGAGCUCCAUCUCCACCAUCGAGAGACGUUACGGGUUCUCCAGUCAGAAGUCCGGUCUGCUGGCAUCGUUCAAUGAGGUGGGGAACACGGUCCUCAUUGUGUUUGUGAGUUUCUUGGGGAGUCGGGUCCACCGGCCGCGGUGCAUCGGAGGUGGAGCUCUGCUGGCCUGCCUCGCCUCGCUGAUGAUGGCGAUGCCACACUUUCUGGGCGGAGCCUACGAAUACACCGACCGCGUCAGAUCCUCCGGUAAGAACAGCUCUGCUCUCUGCCAAUCAGAGAGCCCGCUCACCGCCUCCUCCUCCAAUCAGAGUUGCAGCCGGCAGGAGAGCCACGCCCAGCAGGGGGUGUACCCUCUGCUGCUGCUCGGUCAGCUGAUGCUGGGCAUCGCGGCCGUGCCCAUCCAGCCGUUCGGCAUCUCCUUCAUCGACGACUAUGCCAGCAGGAAGAACUCGCCGCUCUACCUCGGUAUCCUCCUCGCCGUGACCUCCAUCGGUCCGGCCUUCGGCUUCAUCAGCGGCUCCCUCAUGCUGCGCUUUUAUGUCGACUUUGACAAACUAUCUAAAGACCAGAUCAAGUUGACCCAUAAGGACCUCCGCUGGGUGGGAGCCUGGUGGCUCGGCUUCCUGGUGGCCUCCUGCCUCCUCUUCCUCACCGCGCUGCCGUACUUCUUCUUCCCCAGGAGCAUGCCCAAAGAGGACGGUGAUGAAGACGACGUGGAGUCCAGACCGGACAGCAAGAAGCAGCAGCAGACAAACCCGAUCCAGGAAAUGUCCCUCCUUCAGUUCCUCAAAAGUUUCCCUCGUAUCGCUCUACGAACCCUGCAGAGCCCCAUCUACCUGCUGGUGGUUCUGGCGCAGGUCAACCUGGCGGCGCUGCUGGCCGGCCUCGCCACCUUCAUGGCCAAGUUCAUCGAGAGGCAGUUCAGCCAGACCGUCUCCUUCUCCACCAUGAUGAUAGGUGGAGUUUGUAUCCCGCUGGCAGUGCUCGGCACCGUCCUGGGUGGAGUUCUGAUGCGGCGGUUGAAUCUUUCGGUCAGCGGUGCCAGCAGGUUGUGCACCGGCGCCAUCCUGCUCUGCUUGUUCUCCUCCACACCACUGUUGUUCAUCGGCUGCCCCACCCAGAAAAUCGCAGGAGUGUUUCCUAUUCCUAACAGAAGUAAUGCGUUGUUGUGCAGCGCUGGCUGUCAGUGUCCUGAGGAGGCCUUUAACCCGGUCUGUGGUUCUGAUGGUGUUGAGUUCAGGUCUCCCUGCCACGCCGGCUGUAUCACCAUAGAAACAUAUCCGAACAAUGCCACAAACUACAUCGGGUGUCGGUGCGUCGACGGUCUCGGCGUCGCCACUCCGGGAACCUGUGGCAGCGGAUGCUCCGGCCUCCUGCCCCCCUUCGUGGCUCUGCUCGGUAUCACCAGCUUCAUCGCCUCCUUCUCCCAGACGCCGUCCUACAUGAUGAUACUCAGGACGGUGCCGACGGAGGACAAGUCUUUUGCCGUUGGGGUUCAGUACAUGCUGUUCAGAGUUCUCGCUUUCAUGCCCGGCCCGGUGUUGUACGGCAGCGUCAUUGACACCACCUGCAUCCUGUGGGGCAAAAAGUGCGGCAUAGACACUUCCUGUCAGUACUACAACCUGGACCACUUCAGACAGAGGUUUCUGGGUGUCCAGGUGGUCUUCGUGUGCGGGGGUCUGCUCUGCUUCCUGCUGACGGUCCUGGUCCUGCGCCGGAGGAGGGCCGGACUCCAGGAACCACAGCCGGUGGGUAAAGGAGGCUACGAGCUGGUGAGGGGUUCGUCCAAAGAGAAACAGGAAGUGGAGGACAUGAAGAAAUGAAGACGAAGAGGACGAAUGUAUUACAUAUUGUGACAUAAUGUUUGUUAUAUAAAGACUAUUUUUAUAUUUGAUGCUUAAUUCUACUUUUAAAGUGAAUCUUUUCUGAUGUUUAAUCAGCUGCAGUUCCUCUAAUGGCCACUAGAUGCUACUCAAAGGAAACUGAAGAGAUAUCACCAUCGGUCCAGACUGAAAUAUCUCAAAAACUACCGGAUAGAUGUCCAUGAAACGUUUUCAGACAUUCGUGGUUCUCAGAGGAUGAACCCUGCUGAUUUUGGUGAUCCUUUUUGACUAGCGUCACCAUCGGGCGGCAUCGGGCACAUGAGGUAGAGCGCUUGUCCCGUAACCACAAGGUUGGUGGUUCAAGCCCCUCUACCGGCAACUUGCCGAGGUGUCCUUGAGCGAGACACCUAACCCCAAGUUGCUCCCCAGGCGCUUCAUUGCAGCCCACUGCUCCUCCGGGAUGGUUAAAUGCAGAGAAAUAAUUUCCCCAUUGUGGGACUAAUAAAGGAUUGAUUAUUAUUAUUAUCUGGUCAGAGUUUGAAAUAGUUUAAUACUACCAAUAUAAUUACUAUUCAGUGAAAUAUUUGGGCAUGUUCUUGAUGGAUUGGUGACAAAGUUAUAUCAAACAUUCAUGGUUGUCAGAGGAUGAACCCUACUGAUUUUGGUGAACUUCUGACUCUUCGUCUAGUGCCAACAUCUUGUCAAAACUUAUAAUUAUCUAAUACUACCAAUAUAUCUAUUAUCCAAUGAAAUAUUGCAGAAUGUAUGCGAUGGAUUGGCGCUAAAUUUCGUACAAACAUUCAUGGUUCUCAGAGGAUGAACCCUACUGACUUUGGUGAUCCUCUGUUUUUGAUCUAGCACAACCAGCAGGUCGACAUUUUAUUCAGUCAGAAUACUUUGGUUUUUGAGAAAAACCUACAAGCAUGCUAACACGCUGAUGGUGACCAUGAUAAAGAUUAUAGCUGCUAAACAUAAGCAUAUUAGCAAUGUCAUAGUCAGGUUAGCAUUUAUCUUUAGGCUAAUCUGGGGAAAGAUUGUAAUGGGGAAGUUAUGUGAGAUCAAAAACGCUGCAAACUCUCGAAACAACAAAACAUCUUUUAAAUCUGGGUUUUAAAAGAGUUUUCAGAAAAAGUUUCCCAGUUAUACUAGUACAACUGUACUAAUAUUGUACAUAUAUAUUUAAACAAGGCUUUUACUAUGAAAAUCACAAAUAUAUUUUUUCAGCAAAGAAAUUCUAUAAAAACAAACUUUAAUAAAGAAAAAUGUUUAACAAACUUCUCUGAAACUCCAACUGUAACACAAUCAACAUGUGAACCAUUUCAAUUCUUUAUGUCACUUUAUUUUAUCUUUAAGUUUACCCUUUGUAAAUAUCUUUUGUGUUUAUAUACUUCAUGGAAUAUCAUGUUGUUUACAUGUUAUCAAAGGUUGUUGUACAGUAAAGAACAGAUCAACAUUCUGACAGAUAUCAGUCAGAACUUUGAGGCUCUUUUGUGUUGCUUAUUAAAAAUGUAUUUGCUCAUAAAGCAUUUUUAAUACAGAUGUACUUUUCUGAAAACUGCUUAAAUAAAAUGUUAUGAGCA